AUGUCUGUUGCUCGGUCAAAUAAGGGGUCAGUUUUUAAGCUGCAGUUUGUUCAGACAGUCGAUGCUGAUUCUUCGUUAAAGGAAGAUAUUGUUUUACCAGGUAGACUGGUUAUUCCUGACUUUAGAACUUCCAGAGGUAGAUUAGGUUCUAAAGAUAGCGCUUUACCUCCAGAAAUCGGUAAAUGUGGUGGUGGAGAUUGGGUCACACACUCUAUGACGCGCGAAGAGAUCGGAUCAAUACCACUGCGUUCACGAAGUAAAUUUUCAGAAGAUAAAGUCGGUUUCUCAUCGGCCAAAGAAGUACAGCAAAGCAAACCGCUAUUACUAUCAACGAACCAAAUGAAAGAAAGAGGAACAUUCCAAGAAUCACAAAACUUGACAGGGCCUAAUAAUUAUUUAACUGGUGGUGGCUUGGUACUCCUUUCUGGUCCAAGUAACAAACGCUCUGAAGAGAAAUUUGAAUUAACUUAUAAUCAAGACGUCGAGUUAUUGGGUGAAAUGUCAGAUGGUAGAUUAACGAACAAGUUGCCUGCUUCUCAAAGAGAGUUUAAGGACGCUGAUGAGGCGGUAGCACUAAUGCACAGAAAGGACAGCGAUGACGAAACAUUGCACCUUACACUCAAACAGGGUACGCCGUCUGGUGGAAUUGUUAUUCCUAAUAACGAUGCUUAUAGCUUUUCCAUUGACGUACAAGAUCCUGCCUUGUCUGGGAAGAAAAGCAACAUUCAAAGAGAGUGGUUGACGCAUUCCUUAACACACGAGCAGAUCAGAACGUUACCGCUUGCCUAUAAUCCACGAAGGACAGUUCAACAAACACAAGAGAGUCAGCCAAUAAGAAGAUUGGAUAAGCCGGGUCCAGGAAAACUCGUCAUUCCAGUCACAUUCCACUAA